AUGGCUGGCAAGAACGGCAUCCUGGCAGAGCCACCGCCUUACGAACAAUCGGAGCAUGCUCCGCGCUGGUGUCGACCAGGUCGGCGUCGCAUUGCGCGGGCGUUGCUGACUCUUGCUGUGUUGAUUGCUGUACUCCAGCUCGGAUCCGUAUUUUCGAUCAACAAUUUGCCUGUUACCACAACAGAACAGGAUGCUUUUGUGAAAGGGCUUGAUCAAUGUCGCCUGAGCCAGAACCGCGGAGCGCCCAUCAACGUCGCCUCCGCUUCUCGCGACAACCCGAGAUGGAACGCUGCUGUAGGCCAGCAGACAACCGUAGUCAUCAAGAACGCCAGCCUUUUCGACGGUGAAACAACUCUUUCGGAUGCAUUUGACAUUACUUUUGAGUCGGGCGUGAUCCACUCGGUCUCGAAAUCAUCGUCGAACGCUGAUCUCCCCAAGCAGGCUCGCGUGAUCAACGCUCAUGGGCGGUUCGUGACGCCUGGGCUCGUGGACAUACAUUCUCACCACCUUCUUAUCCCUUUCCCUGAGCUGCCUGCAACGAGAGAUGUCAACGAACGGCCUUUGUUGGGGCCCAUCACGCCUUUUGUCCGGGCAUUGGACGGAUUCAAGGCCUAUGAUCCCGCAAUUAAGAUUAUCGCAUCUGGGGGUAUCACUUCGUCUCUCGUUCUGCCAGGUUCCGCCAACAUUGUGGGUGGAGAAGCAUUUCUGGUCAAGAAUCUGCCACUUGCUGGCAAGGACGGCGAGCCUGUAGCGGCUGAGCUUCUUCUCGAGGAUGGCGUCCCGGAAGAAAACCGACAAAGAUAUCUCAAAAUGGCUUGCGGAGAGAACCCCAAGGGAAUCUACGGCUACACUCGUCUUGGCUUGACUUGGCUUCUCCGCGAGCACUUGGACGAGGCUAGAAAGUUACAGGAGCGUCAAAACUCCUGGUGUGAGGCCGCAGUAAAUGCAGCCACGAGCACGUUUGGCAAAUCUCAGCGUCUGCCAACUUUCCUCAGAGAUCAAGGGUUCUUCCCCUCAUCCUUGAAAUACGAGACCACCCUUGCACUUUUGAGAGGCGAGUUGAACGUCAACAUCCACUGCUACGAGCCACAGGACUUUGAGGACGUGCUGAACGUGUUACACGAAUUCGGAGUGCAUCCUCAAGCUUUCCACCAUGCGCUGGAAGCGUGGCAAGUACCAGAGUUCUUGAAGCAUGCUGAAGAAAACAUCACCAUUGCCACUUUUGCCGAUAAUGGUUUCUUCAAGGCGGAAGCGUACGGGUCCAACUUGAGGGCACCAAAGAUCCUCAACGACCAUGGUAUUCCUGUAGCCUUGAAAUCGGACCAUACUGGUGAAGGCAACUAUGCCAAGUAUCUCGCUGAUCAAGCGGCAGUGUCCCACUCUUUCGGUCUCCCUACCGACAACGCUCUCCAAUCAAUCACUUCUAUCCCAGCCAGAUCUCUAAACCAAGCUCACCGCAUCGGUUUCGUGCGACCUGGAUAUGACGCCGAUCUCGUUAUAUGGGACGAUCACCCUCUUCAAGUUGGGGCGACACCGAGCCAUGUCUUCGUCGAUGGCCGAGCAGUAGUCGAUGAUAAGCCGAAGUCAAAUGCUGCUGCUGCUCAGAAGGGCAAGCCUCAGCAAGCACCGGCUAUUCGACCGUCGAUUUCAUUAGAGCAAAGAGAGAGCAUAUGCGAUCGCGUCCAAGGCGGCAAAUCCAAGGUCCUCUUCACAGGCAUCAAGAAAGCCUUGGUUGACACUCCAGCCCAUUUGACCGAGACCGCUGAAGAACUGGCUUUGGUGGUCAAGGACGGUCAAAUCACUUGCUUCGACACCACUCCUGUGUGUGUCGGUACCCAAAACAUUGGCGAUGACACAACACACAUUAAGCUUCAAAAUGGCUAUCUGACACCAGGACUUAUCGCCUUCGGAAACACCCUCGGUAUUCAGUCUAUCCCGUCCGAGAGUUCUACGGGAGAUGGUUCGGUAGGACGCAGCGGAGAUCCCCUCGACGAGCAGAAGAGGCUGCACUUCGCUAAGUACGGAGUUCAUUUGCACGAUCGAGCUCUAGUGAGGUCUUCAGUUGGAGGCGUGACAAAAGCUGUUUCGGCGCCUCUCUUCGGUGGAAGCAUUGUACAGGGGGUCAGUGUGGGGCUACGGACAAGUGAGAACGUCACCCUGCUGGAUGGAGGGAUCUGGCAGGACGAGGUUGCACUUCAUCUUGUGAUCGGACAGAAAUCCAAGGGCAAUGACGACACUCCCACAGUAUCUGCCGGAAUCGAGCGUCUGCGCCAGAUUCUCGAGGGAGGAGAAGGUACAUCGACAGGGAGUCACAGCAGCAUCUAUGCACGGGCUGCCAAUGGGUCCAUCCCUGUGGUGAUUCAAGCCUUCAACGAGGACGACAUCGCCCAAAUCAUUCUCAUCAAACGCGACUUCCCCACCGCCAACCUCGUCCUCUUUGGCGGCCACGGCGCCCCUCUCGUCGCCAAACCUCUCGCCGACGCAGGCAUCCCCGUCAUUUUCACCGGUAACCGAGGAGCACCCGAUACUUGGGAAAAGCGACACCUGCUCACGGGCCCGCCGCUGACGGAGAGCCCCGCGAAGAUCUUAACUGAUGCAGGCGUGUCCUUUGCUCUCGCCAUCACGGGCGACUCCAAGGUCUAUAGCCUCGCGCAAGAAGCCCAGUGGGCCGCCAAGUAUGCUGGUUUGACCGAGAAGCAAGCCAUCAGCUUGGUCUCCACCAAUAUCGAAACGAUUCUCGGACUCCGCCCAAAGACAAGCCUAUCGGAGCAAGGUUUGCUGCCGCACGGAGAUGUCGUCGUCUGGGAAGGUAAUCCCUUGAAGGGCGAGGGUUCGGUCGUCGUGUCCAUCCAAGAGGACGGGCGGAUCGGUGACUGCUGGCCAGAAGGCCGAGUCGCGGCCAUUUAAAGUUCACGUACGGUGUACCUAUACGUCUGAAAGGUACUGUAUAUAUGUGGAUAUACCUGCUGUAUUUUAUAAACCUUUUAGAGAAAGGCUCCGCGCC